CUCUUCGGAUGGUGGCUGGCCACUCAACCCCACCCCUGGGCUUGGCUUGGAGCCCUGAGUCAGCUCCAUCUCCACCCAAGCCAAAUCAAACCUGAGGCAGGAGCCGAAACUCACAGUUCCUCAAGGCCUAUAGCCAGGUGAUGGAGGACGAGGAGAAGGCAGUGGAGAGCUUGGUGAGCAACACGGAAGCUGCUCGUUCUCCAUCCCCCAUUCGCUGCUGCUCGCUCCGCCUCCGCUACUUGGCAGCUACUAGCAUUAUAUGUGGCUGCUCUUGCCUGGGAGUCGUGGCCCUUGUGUUUGCCAUCAAGGCGGAAGAGCGGCAUAAGGCAGGCCGGUUGGAGGAGGCAGUGCACUGGGGGGCCCGGGCCCGGAGGUUCAUCCUGGCCAGCUUUGCCGUCUGGCUUGCUGUCCUUGUUCUGGGCCCGCUGCUUCUAUGGCUGCUCUCCUACGCCAUCGCCCAGGCUGAGUGACCCUAGCUGGCCUUUGCUGAGAGUCAGCCGAGACAUCCUGAAUCCUGCAAUGCGGCAUUGCUAGGGUCUGGUGCCAACAAUGGUACUUCCUGGCUGGAAGGAUGGUGCCUCUCUCAAAGGGCUUUGGAAGAGAGAGGCAGCAGCUGAGACUGAUGAGGGGAGGUCAGCCUGCUCUGUUCUUUCAGUGCCCACCAUCCCCUAUUCCCCCCAAUCUCCUCCAUCCUAGGGGCCUCUAGGAGGUGGGAUUGAAGCCCAGGCCUGAUUUUAUUAGUAUUUGUUUUGUAAUAAAAGUCUUUUUUAGUGGCGAAAUGCUCCUGUCUAAUUGUUCUUCCCCUGCUUUUCCCUGGGCCCUUAGUGAGAGCCAGACUGGACAUCUGACUGAUGGGAGAAGCCUGCAUCUCCCCUUACCUAGGGGCUUCAAGAGGAGGAAAGGAUUUUUUUCCCCCUUUUCCUUCUUCUUCUGGAAGUUUCCCUUCUUGGAAAGACCCAAACUUCUCCCUUACCUAUCAACAGAGACCCUUAGGCCACAGAGGAAAAGUCGUAGCAGCAGCUACUAGUUAUUGAGUGCUUACUAUAUUCCAGGCUGUGUGCUAAGCAUUUUAUAUUUCUUAAUUUCUUCAGUCCUCAAAAUCACUCAAUAGUAGGUACUACUGUUUUUAUUUUAUAGUUGAGGAAACAGGCACAGAUUAUCCAAGGUCACACAGCUAGUAAGUGGCAGAGCUGGAAUUCAACCUAGACAGUUAGUUCCAGAGCUGAGAGAGGAGUGAAAGGAUUGGAUAAUAGCAACCACCACCCUGUAUGUAGAAACUUGUAUGAUUAUGAUGAAUUUUCAUAUCCUUUAUCUUGGGCUUUGUGAUAAUAUUUUAAACAUUUUUAAAAUUGUGAGGUACACAAAGCAAAAUAUCCAAAACAGAAUAGACAGCUCAAUAAGUUAACACAAAGAAAACAUCUGAAAAACCACCAUUCAGUCAAUGUAACCAAUUUAACAUUGCCAGCACUCCAAAGCCUCCUUUAUACCCCUCCCAAUCACUACACCUUCGUUUCUUCCCACAGGUAACUUUCUGUUUGUUACCCACAAGUAUUCUGACUUCUAACAAUGUAGUUUAGUUUUGCCUGCAUUUGAACACUAUAUAAAUGGAAUCAUAUGUAUUCUUUUUAUGUCUUGCUUCUUUUACUUAACAUUGCUUGUGAGAUUGAUCAAUAUUUGGUGUAGCUGUAGUUUUCAUUACUGUAUAGUAUUCCAUUAUAUGACUAUAUUACAAUUUACCGAUUUUCUGUUAGUGGACUUUUGGAAUGUUUCCCAUUAGGAUAUUAUGAAUCAUGCUGCUUUGGACAUUCUUGUACAUGUUCUUUGAAGUACAUGUACCCUGGGAAUGAAAUUUUGGGGUGAUUUCACCAGCAGAGAGACCAACAGAGCACCUAAAGGAAUUAGAGAUGUUGCACAAUGAAGAUUAAAGGGGAAGGAGGGGCACAUGAUGGUUGUUUUCAGUGUUCCAGAGUGUUUCAGGAAGGAAAAGUGAAGGGAAUCCAUUGUUGGUCCAGAGGUUAGAACUACAACAAUGGGUAGAAGCCAUAUAAACAGCAGUGGUUCUGAACCUUGACUUCACAAUGGAACCUCCUGGGGAGCCUUAAAAAGUAACUUAUGCCUGAGCUUUACCACCCACCCCCCCGAGAUUCUGAUUUAAUUUGUGUGAGGUGCUGCCUGGGCAUCAGGAUAACUCAUUUUAGAGAGAUUUUUUACAAAAAAUUUUUAAAGCUAGUAUUUGAUUAAUUAGCAGCUUCAGUUUACUAGAAUAUCCCAUUUCCCCAAACUGAUUACAUGAGGUCUUGCUAUUUUUUAACUCCUUAUUUUGAAAAAAUUUCAAAUCUAUAGAACAAUAACAGUACAAUGAACUCAUGUGUACUCUUACCUAGAUUUAUAAUGUUUAACUUCACCACAUUUGCUUUAUAUCUUUCUAAAUAUACGUAAUUGUUACUGCUGAAUCAUUUGAGGGUAAGUUGAAGGCCCUUCAUCUCUAAAUACCUCAUGAUCUAUAUCUCCUAAGAACAAGGAUAUUCUCUCACAUAACUACAGUACAAUUAUAUAAUUCAGAGAAGUUAACAUCAGUACAAUAUUAUCUUCUAAUAUAUAGUCCAUAUUCAAACUUGCCAGUUGUCCCAAUAAUGUCCUGUAUAGCAAUUUCUGCUUUAGGGUCCAGUGUGGGAACACUUACUGCAUUUAGUUUGUCAUAUCUCUUUAGCAUUCUUCAAUUUUUAGUAGGUCCUCAUCCUUUCUUUUUUUGUCUUUCAUGACAUUUUUGAGGUGAGGCCAUUUGUAGAAUGUCUCUCAGUUUGGGUUCUUAUGACUGAAUUCAGGUUAUGCAUUUUUGGCUAAAAUAUUACAUAAGCUGUAUGUCCUCAAUACAUCACAUCGAGAGGCAUAUGUCAAUUUGCCCUUUUACUGGUGGAGGUAACAUUGACAACUUGAUUUUAAGGUAGUGUCUGUCAGAUUUCUGCAGAGGUAAAGAUACUUUUUUUCCUUUGUAAUUAAAAAGCUAUCUGUAUAGGGACUUCCCUGGUGGCGCAGUGCUUAAGAAUCCGCCUGCCAAUGCAGGGGACACGGGUUCAAGCCCUGGUCUGGGAAGAUCCCACAUGCCGCGGAGCAACUAAGCCCGUGCGCCACAACUACUGAGCCUGCAUGCUGCAACUACUGAAGCCUGCAAGCCUAGAGUCCAUGCUCUGCAACAAGAGAAGCCACCACAGUGUGAAGCCCACGCACCGCAACGAAGAGUAGCCCCUGCUCACCACAACCAGAGGAAGCCCGUGCGCAGCAACGAAGACCCAAUGCAGACAAAAAUAAAAUAAAUAAAUUUACCAAAAAAAAAAAGUUACCUGUAUAAAUACCUCAGCAAAUUUUUACCAGUAACUUUAAUGUCCAUUUUGCCCAAGUCAGUUAUUCUGAGGCUUACAAAAUGUUGAUGUUUUAACUUUAUCAUUCUUUCUAUACUUAUUAGUUGGCAUUCUACUAUAAAGAAGAUCUUUUUCUCUUUCAUUUAUUUAUUUACAAUUUUUAGUGUCAGUAUGGUCUCAGAUUGUUUUUAAAUUCAAUUUGUUAUACCCAUUACUGUCAUUAGCCUUCUUAAAUUGUUUUGUUGAGGUAUAAUUUACCUACAGUA